AUGCACAACAAUUCUCGGUCAUUGCACCUGAUCACAGUCCAUGCCACCGAUCAAUCAUCUGCCGGUCCGGAUUUGCCUAAAACGUUCUCCCUGAUUGCCGGAGGAUUGGCCGGACUGACCGGGAAGACUGCGGUCUAUCCAUUGGAUCUGAUCAAAAAGCGUCUGGAAAUUCGCGGCUUCGAGACUGCACGCGAGGUAUUCGGCCAGUUGCCACACGCGUACACAGCGUCCUCGUACAAAUAUUUGCUUCGAUCCCGGUCUGAACAACACCCGCUCAACUUGUUGCGUACCCAAUUCUACGCCUCGUUUUUGUGCAUGAAAGAUAUUGUUCACCACGAAGGUUGGCUUGGUCUAUUCAAAGGUUGGCAACCGUCUGCCCUCAAAGCGCUGAUCAGUACCGGUCUGACAUUCAUGUUCUUCGAGCAUUUUCGAAACUUGCUCCAUGCGUUAGACUCACCUCAGUGA